CAACCGGCCCCGAUUCAGUGCCACCAAAACCGCGAUUCCGCAAUGAGAACUACGUCGAUACUCAGUCAAACCAUAUACGGUCUGCUGAUGCUCUUCCAUGUCUGCCAGGAAGCUGCCGCCGCCAACAUUGUGACCCAAUAUCUCGACAGUAUCCCCGUCAACGUGCUGAUUUUGAUCGGAACUGGCGUAUUGUCCGCCGUCUGGCUGGGAUGCACCUAUGUAAUUACGAACAGGCACCAGAUCGCAGUGCAGUACUUGCAGCGGCAACUGGACGAGCUCUGGCUGCUGCAGACGAAGCCAUCGGUCUGGCCACACGCCCCAUUCAUCCCGAACCGCAGGGAGGAGAAUCCGCCGCAAUAUGUGCCCCCAACGAACCCGCAGGAGGAUGCUCAGGGGACACCUAAGGAUGCCCCAUCGCCUCUCUAAAUAUAUCUGAGUAGAUCCAGAAGGGAGUUUAAUAUUCCAAAGAAAAAUCCUUUUAUGUUAAUAAAUUUUCAACUCAAAUUAUA